AUGAGCACUGGCUAUCAACGUGUAGUGCACAAAUACAAUGCCGAUGAUGACUUCUUCAAGGACGACGUUGUUGAUCAACAAUACUCAAGAAAGACCAACAACUCUAAACAAAGGUGUUUGGCUGUGAUCGAAGAUAAUCAACAACAACAACAACAACAUCAACAAGAUGAUGAUUAUGAAGAGGUUAAUGAUACAGAGAUGAUGUCAGUAGACGAUGAAGACAAUGAUCACUAUUAUGAACAUCAACAACAACAGCAACAACAACAACAACAACACAUUGUAUGUGAGUUUGGUAACUGUCAAGGAAUGGUAGUAUUCAAUACGAUAGCAGCCUAUCAGAAUCAUUACAAUAGUGUACAUAGUUAUGAGUGUCAGUACUGUCAUCGCUCAUUCCAAUCAAACAGAUGGUUAGAGUGUCACGUCCUCGAGACACACGACACCAUGUUCAAACUGUUGGCAAAGAAGCGUCAAAUGUAUGAAUGUCUUGUUGAUGAUUGCACUAUGACCUUUGGAAAUGAGCAGACUCGACUGGAUCACCUGGUAUCCACUCACAAAUACUCUACAUUCAUGAUCAACAAUGUACUUGCAUUAAACAAGGCUGGACCAUAA